UGAUCACCAUGGCUGCAGUGGAUCGUUUCUUCCUCUUGUACAGAGAGAUCAGCCGUUCCUGCAAUUUUUACAUAGAGGCCCUGGCUAUAGUUGGAGCUUGGUACACAGUGAGAAAAUGUGUCUCCCUCGCGUUCGACACUUACAGCAUGCUUAGGUUGCAUUUAAUUCCGAAGCUGGGUGGUGAGAUUGAUCUUGUCAAGCGGUACGGAAAAUGGGCCGUGGUCACUGGUGGCACAGAUGGUAUUGGGAAGGCGUAUGCUGAAGAACUGGCAAAGCGUGGUAUCAACAUCAUCUUAAUCAGCCGAAACAAAGAGAAACUGGAGGCUGUAUCUAGAAGCAUAUCUGAAACCUAUAAAGUGGAAACAGAUUUCAUAGUAGCUGACUUCAGCAAGGGGCGUGAGCCUUAUCCAGCCAUUAAGGAGGCUCUGAAAGACAGAGAAAUUGGCAUUUUGGUGAAUAACGUAGGAUUGUUUUAUCACUACCCGGACUAUUUUACCAACCUGUCUGAGGAUAUGCUGUGGGACAUGAUCAACAUAAAUAUUGCUUCUGCUAAUAUGAUGAUGCAUAUUGUACUGCCGGGCAUGGUAGAGAGGAAGAAAGGAGCAAUUGUGAAUGUUUCUUCUGCAUCCUGUUGUCAGCCGACACCAAUGUUGACAAUCUAUGGAGCCUCUAAAACCUACUUGGACUACUUCAGCAGAGCACUACAUUAUGAGUAUGCCUCAAAAGGAAUUUUUGUUCAGAGUUUAACCCCAUUUGUAAUUGCUACAAAAAUGGCAGCAUGCAGCAGUGCUGCAUCGAAGAGAUCGUUCUUUUUUCCUUCUGCUGAAGAAUAUGCAAGUCACGCUAUUUCUACUCUUGGGUUAUCCACAAGGACUACUGGUUACUGGAAACAUGCAAUCAAGUUCACGCUGGGCGAGCGCCUACCUGAAUGGAUCUGGGCAUGGUUUGCAAUGUAUUUUUGCAGAAUUGUACGCAAGGAAGCUUUAACAUGCAAAGGGAAAUAAGAAUAUCCAGAUGUCCUGCGUAAUGACUACUAUAUCCUGAUCAGAGUGCUGCAAAACUGUUUAGUGAACCUUGGUGGACUUACUGUAACUUAUCCUCGAUAAACAAGCUACGUGU